AUUUUCUGUGGUUUCGUCAUGGACGCAUUGAAGGACAAGGUGGCGGCGCUGGACGUGUCGGAUGUCAAGCUGAAUGGCGUGACCCCUGCCAGCAACGAGAAGUUUUACAUCACGACGGCUAUCCAUUACACGAACGGACAACCGCACAUGGGCCACGCGUACGAGAAUGUGACGUCGGACGUGAUUGCGCGGUACCACCGCACGUACGGCCGCGACGUGUUCUUCUUGACGGGCACGGACGAACACGGUCAAAAGAUCGCGCAGACGGCGGAAACGCAGGGUAUAUCCCCCAUUGAACUGUGCGACAAGUACUCUGGCAUCUUCCAGCAGCUCGCGAAGGACCUCAACAUGUCGAACGACCACUUUAUCCGCACGACGAGCAAGCAGCACAAGGAGUUUGCGCAGCUCAUUUUUGCCAAGGCCGAAGCGAACGGCGACAUUUACAAGGGCACGUACGAGGGAUGGUACAACGUCCGCGAAGAAACGUUUGUGACGGAAAACGAAGCGGCGCUGAUCAACUACAAGGACCCGACGACAGGAACGCCGCUCAAGAAGAUGCAAGAGUCGUCCUACUUUUUCCGCAUGUCCAAGUACCAGGAACGGCUGAUUGCCCACUACCACGCGCACCCCGAGUUCUUGCAGCCAGAGAACCACCGCCAGAUCAUCUUGAAGCGGCUGGAAGAGCCGCUCCUCGACCUGAGCGCGUCGCGUACAACCUUCAGUCACGGUGUGCCGCUCCCAAACGACCCCGCGCACGUCAUGUACGUUUGGUUUGACGCGCUGUCCAACUACUUGAGCGGCAUUGACUAUCCGAACGGCGCGCUGGCCAAGUACUGGCCGGCCAGCGUCCACAUCAUCGGCAAGGACAUCACGUGGUUCCAUUGUGUCAUUUGGCCGUGCAUCCUCAUGAGCGCGGGGUUUCCGCUGCCGACACGCGUGUUUGCCCACGGGUUUGUGAACGCCCGCGACGGCACCAAGAUGAGCAAGUCGAUCGGGAAUGUCGUCGACCCGUACGACAUGAUCCAAAAGUACGGCGUCGAUUCGUUCCGGUAUUUCCUCGUCCGCGGCGCCAAGUACGGCUCGGACAUGCCGUUUUCCGAAGACGAGUUUUUCAACAUCCACAACGCUGAAUUGAACGACACCCUCGGCAACCUCGUCCACCGUGGGUUAACUCUGAGCGUCAAGUACACCAACGGCCACGUCCCGGAUGUGGCGGCGACGCCUUGCUUCGAUGUGGCGGCGCUCAAGGCGGCGACGGAAGAGGCAUUCCAAGCGUAUGCGCUGCAGGAAGCGGCAUUCCGAUUCAUGGAAGUUGUGCGGGCCACGAACGGGUACUUGACGACGGCAGCCCCAUGGCACAUGACGGACGACCACGAGAAGAAAGUGGUUGUGCGCACGAUCUUGGAAGCGAUCUACGUGUUUGCGCACUAUAUGGUGCCGUUCAUGCCGGCCACGGCGGCGCGUGUGUUUGAGUUCUUGCACACGGCGCCGACGACGUUGCCGUUGCUCAGCAACGAUUUCAACAACUUGACGCCUGGCACGCCGAUCAAGGAAGUGACCAAGGACGACAUUUUGUUUGAAAAGCUCAAGUCGGAGGCAGAGCUCGCCGCCCUCGCGUCCAAGCAGGCUGCCGCCGCCGCGCCGCCCGUCGUGAAGAAAGCCAAGGAGGACCUUCCUCUGUUUGCGUCGUGCGACAUCCGCGUCGGCACGAUCGUGAAGGCGUGGCAUCACCCUGAUAGCGACAAGCUCUUUUGCGAAGAAAUCGACGUCGGGUUCGAGACGGGCCCUGUCCAGAUUGCGUCGGGGCUGCGUCCGUUUUACUCGCUUGACGACAUGACGGGGCGUCGAUGCCUCGUCCUUCUCAACAUCAAGGCGGCCAAACUCGCGGGCUUCAAGUCGAAUGGUAUGGUGCUGUGCGCGUCCAACGAAGCCCAUGAUGUCGUCGAAUUCAUCGAGCCGCCGGCGGGGGCCGCAAAUGGCGAGCGCGUGUUUAUCGCGACCGAGUCGGGCGACCCCGUGUCGGAAGGCCAGAUGAAGAAGCAAAAGAUCUGGGAAAAGUUGAGUGUGGACCUCCAGACCAACGACAAGCGUGAAGGCACGUACAAGGGCCACGUCAUUCAAACGUCGGCGGGCCCGGUCGUUUCCAAGACGCUGACCAACGCCCGCAUCGGAUAGUCUCCCGCGAAUGUGCUCGCUGUCGAGGGUUUUGCUUUUAAGAUGUGUUCAUUGCAUGUAUGGUGGCUGCUUGCGCAGUUGCAGUCGUGGCUGGAAACCGAACAGUUCUCAAUUCGCUCAAGAGUGCACGCGAGUAGGUGUCGCCGCAGCAUUCGAUUCGCGUGAAGCGAAGGUAGUUUUGGUUGUAGGGGACCUCGAUAUGCUUGCCGUCGCGC